AUGGGGGAUAUGCAGACAGACUUACAGUUCCCAGCUAACCACAACACCCCACCGACGGCCGCUACGCCUGCUACAUACGGCGUGGUAGUCUGUCAAUCACGGUCCCCACCUUGGAGAUCCUGCUUUUGCCUGCUGUAUUGGGACACCUUUCGUAUACUCUUGCAGGUUGUGUAUCUUCCCUUCGUUUCUGUCUGGGUAUCAGGACCGCUGCCGCUGUUGUUGAUGUAUCCUGCGCUUGGAGUAUCUGGCGGAUCAGAUGCGGGAUCAGAUGUUGAACGAUGCCCGUUACUGGGCAAGAUUCACUACCUGCACAUGGACCGAGAUGGAUGCUGUAUGAGACGCUCCGCAUCUGUACGCCCCCGGCGCAUUUAUUUAUGCGUGUCUGUAAGAUCCGAGAUACAGUUGGACUGGGUCUUGACGUCGUUAGACACUGGAAGCAGUCGUGAUAGACCCUUUGAAGGCAUGGAUCUCGGAAACCGAAGAGCCAUGAUUCGAUAUACGUCCCAUGCUGUCGUCAUGUCGCAAAUCACAAUCACAUUGCUCUGUGCCAAGCCUUUCGUGUACUUUUCUCUCGUGUUCACUUCACUCAGUGAAACAUGGCUUUCUCGUUAG